AUGUCUGAUAAACCACAGCUAGCUGAAAAGCAUUCAAUGGAUAUUCCCCAUGUGACAUCCAUUGAAUUCCCUUUAAAUGUAAAAAAUCCAGAACGGGCAAUUUCCAUGAUUGGUGGGAAACAAAAAAUAACGAAAGCCAUCAAUGCCCAACCAGUCAAUACUAGACUUAACUUAUCGAUGGAAAACACCCUUGAAUUGCGAUUAAGGAAUGAUCCAUUCCAUCAUCCGAUUCAAUCACUGAUGACUAAUGAUGAAAGGAUAUUAAUGAAGGUAUCUAUACCUAAAAAUAGCUUACCUCCAGAUUAUUAUGAAAAUCCCCAGAAAUAUUCCAUUAAGGAAUUAUUGGAAAGGAAUGAACGAAAUAAACGGACUCCAAAGGCUAGGGUACAACCUGUCGCUAUCAUUGAUAGAAUAUAUCUGUUUAAAGCCAUUGCUGAUUUUCAAAUCUCAACUAAGAAUAAUAAAUUUGUUCAAGAUUUUAAUAAUUCGGUACUUAAUGGGAAAAGUUAUGCUAGUGUAAGUAAUUAUAUGAACAGCAAUAAGAAUUUUAUUGGAUUGGAUGAUUAUAAGGAUGAACAUUAUGUUGACAAUACUGAUCAUCAAUUCCCUCCUCCACCUGUACUUUCACCGAUUAGGUUCCCAUUUGAUUAUAGAUAUCAAAAGAACCCAUUAACCACUGCCGUCAAGGAUCUAGAAAGUGGAGAAAUCAAAGUUGUUCCAACAAGAGAUAGACUUCGAUUAUAUACAAAAAUGAUUGAAUAUCAUAAAACAGAAAUCCCAACUGAAGCAGCCCCUGAAUUAAUUGAAAACUUAAAGAAUUUAAGAAAAAGAAAACUACCUUCAAAUAGUCCUGAUUUAGGGUUAUUACAAUGCAUAGAUAUAUUGAAUGAAUUAUUUGAGACUAAACCAAUAUGGUUGAGAAAACAAUUACGAGAUAUUGUUCCUGACGAUUUAGGUAAAUAUAUCAAAUUAGCCCUUCCCUAUAUUUCAUAUAUUUAUAAAAGUGGACCUUGGAGAUUUUGUAAUAUUAAAUUUGGGUAUAAUCCAAAAAAUGAUCCUACUUACUGGAUCCAUCAAAGUGAAUAUUUCCGUAUCCCAGGAUUAAAUUUCUCUUCCGCCAGUAGAGAUAUCAGUAAGAAAAUAGUUCCUCAAACUAUCAUUGAGACCAAUAAACAAAAUAAUAAAACUGGUAAAAACGCAAAAGAAUAUGAAAUUCCAGAACAUAUGUUUUUCAAUGGUGUUACAUUGCCUUCCACCGUGACGUAUCAAAUUGGAGAUAUUUUGGAUUUGGAUAUUAACACAAUUAUCGAAGAUCAUAGGCAACACAUGGGUUCCGAUUUCCUACGUGAAACAUGUGAUUUCCAAGAUGGUUGGAUAAAUAGACAGACUAUGGAAGUUAUUAGACGGAUUAUUAGAUAUAAAUUGAAUAGAAUGGUAAAGGAAGAACCUAUUGAUCAAAACAAGAUCUAUAAGAUUAUUAAUACAGAUUAUGUCGUGGCUGAAGAAGAAGUUAAGGAAGAUGAGGAUGAGGCUGAAGGAGAAGGGGAUGAGGCAGAAGAUGUUGAAAUGGAAGGAGAUGAUGAUGAUAUUGAUGUAGAAGUUCAGGAAGAAGCGUUGAAUGAGGAAGAAGAUGAGGAUGUCAAUAUGACUGUGGAUGAAACUGGCGUUUUGAAUAAACUUGAUCAGUUAAGUAUUGAUGCUUCUAAAAAGUUGAGCAAUUUGAUUGGGUUUAUUAAACAGGAUACAUUAGAAUCGUAA